AGACAUUGUCAACAUGGUGCAAGCCAUCGACAUUGCUGCCAUAACAGGUCACAAUGAAAUGGACCAAACAAAACAUUCCAAACCCUCAACACUGCGUCGCACCCUAAAUGCCCUGCGUCAACGUCUAACGAAACGUAAUCGUGCCAAACCGCCCGAUUGGUUUGUCGAGCGAUUCUCCAAUAACACAAAUGCCGAUAAAAUCGGCAGAACACCAGCCUCAACACAGGUCAGCACGACCAAUGAAAGUACCUCAGCUGAAGCAGAUGCGGGACCGGCAUGUGAAAUACGCGGCUCCAGUAGGCUGUGUAAUCGACUGUCAGUCAAUCCAUCAUUGCAGUCACAUUAUAGGUGGCUGGCAGUGGUAUCCCUAGCUGUGUUAUAUAACAUCAUAUUUGUGGUGGGCCGUGCCGUAUUUUGGGAAAUUAAUCACCGUGCAACACCGGUUUGGUAUUUCCUUGACUAUUUAUGUGAUUUCAUUUAUUUGAUGGAUACGUUGGUGCACAUGCAUGAAGGCUACUUGGACCAGGGACUACUGGUGCGUGAUGCCUACAAACUGAGGCGACACUAUUUCUCCAACAAAG